AUGAAGGUAGAUUUAGCUCUGACGUUGUCUUUCAUCCUCCUUGGUCUUCUUGGACAACUCCAUGCUCUUGGCAUCGACGAAACAAAGCCAUGGACUCAUCUCGAGAGUGAAGAAGCUGUUGGAGAGGAGAUUGAUGAUGUUGCUACUCAAAAUCUAAGAGCUCUGGGAGGCUACUACUACGGUGGCAAAGGUGGGUCCAAGGGAUCCAAAGGAAGCAAGAGUAGCAAAGGAUCCAAAGGUUCCAAAGGAAGCAAUAGUAGCAAAGGAUCCAAAGGAAGCAAGGGCAGCAAAGGCAAGGGAGGAGGAGGACUUCUUGGGCAUUGCGAGGGUGACUGUGACCGUGAUAGUGAUUGUGCUCAUGGGCUUGUGUGCUAUUUUAGAGGCCCCUACCAGCCAGCGCCCGGAUGCCUCGGCGGUGCCUAUGAUGCCAGUCACACUGACUACUGUGUUGCUCCUGGUCACUAUCCUAACACCCCCAGGCCCACCCCUCGACCAUUCCACCCACAGCCAACUCCUAGGCCUUCCCCAAGACCAACACCCAGGCCAACACCCAGGCCAACUUCUAGACUCACUCCAAGGCCUUCUCCUAGACCUACCCCAAGACCAACCUUCAGAUCAGCCCACGAACCUCAUCCUGACAGGUUGAUUGAAUAUGUGGGAAAUGAUGGCCACCCUGGAUAUGCUUUCCCAUUGCAACGUUGUGAAGGUGAUUGUGACCAGGAUAGUGAUUGUGCUGCAGGGCUUGUAUGUUUCCAGCGGGGCAGGUACGAAUCUGUUCCAGGUUGCAGAGGUGGUGAGCACGAUUCGAGCAGAACAGACUACUGCAUUGCUGCUAGUGGCCAUCAGCCAGAUACACCUAGGCCAACACCUAGGCCAUACCACCCCAGGCCAACACCCAGGCCCACUCCAAGGCCUGCAUACCAUCCUUCAGACAAACAGAUUGAGUUUGUUGCCAAUGAUGGGCACCCUGCUUCUGCUUUUCCUUUGCAGCGUUGUGAAGGUGAUUGUGACCAAGACAGUGAUUGUGCCUCAGGUCUUCGAUGUUUCCAGCGGGGCAGAUUUCAAGGUGUUCCUGGUUGCAGUGGUGGUGAAGAUGAUUCAAGUGGGACAGACUACUGCAUUGCCACAAGUGAUCCUCAUCCAGAUACACCAAGGCCAACACCAAGGCCCACUCCAAGACCUCAGGACCAGCCUUCAUACAGAGAAAUCCAAUUUGUUGGGAAUGACGGACAUCCAUCAUCCGCCUUUCCAUUGAAUGAGUGUCAAGGUGACUGUGACGAUGAUAAUGAUUGUGACUACGGUCUCUAUUGUUUCCAUCGAUCUCGGUAUGACGCUGUCCCUGGAUGUUUGGGUGGAGAAUCUGAUAGCUCGAGCACCGAUUAUUGCGUCGCCCCGCCCGGUCAACAGCCCGAUCCUGGGACGUUUCGCAUCAAGCUGUAUUGGGAGGAGGGAUAUUACUGGCAGGAGGAAACUCGAGAGAGAAAGUGGUGUAUGACCUUUGAUUUCAACGGAUUCCCGGGGACUGGUAAAUGUUGGUAUGGCGAUCAAGUCCUCGAAUGCAGUUCCAAUCAGCUCUACAUUGCUAGGUGUGGCAAUGACGACAGGCAGCGGUUCCUCUUCGUGGAUAAAUCCAACGGCGAAGUUCUCAUCAAGCUCGGAAACGGAUCAAACAAGUGUUUGGAACGAUACCGUCGGGCCAUUUUCCUUCGUACCUGCGAUGAACACAGCUCACUUCAGCGCUGGUAUGCACCAAAUGGGAGCUUUGAUGGUGACAGGUUUGAAAUCAGCCAGAGAGAUUACGACAACCAGUGCAUUACGACAGCGCAUCAUCCCAAGGCUGGUGAAGUGGUGGAGCUUCAUUCUUGCCAAGCAGCUCGUGCGCCAGCAUCAGAAACUUCCUUUUGGAACAAGUACUGA